AUGGAGCGCUGCUGCCGGCGAGCGAGAAGCACGAGGAGGACGACUCUUCCGCCGCGGCAGCAGCUCCGGUGGCUCGUCCUGCUCGCUCUCCUCCUCCUGGCGCUGGCGCCGAGCUGCAACGCUUCGAGGGGCAUGCAGCCCUUCAGGGCUCGGCCGCUGGCCGGAGGCGCAGCCAACCAUUUCUUGGGGUUCCUGCCGAGGGCCCCGGUACCGCCAUCCGGCCCGUCGAAGGGGCACAACGCCGUCGGCCUCGACAGCCAGCUGGAGAAGCCGUGAAGCAAAGAGAACUAUUUAGUUGCAGGCGGAUCAAUAGAGUAUAUAGAUUAUAGAAAACAGAUCUUGCAUAGAUACGAUUAUUGUGACACAUGGUUGGUUGGUUAAUCGUAGAUUAAUCUAUACGUAGCUAGUGUGGAGAAGUGGUUACUCGCCAUAGCUAGCUAGCGCGCGUACGUCGGAAAGAGAUGGCCGGCACUGAUCGAGGAGUAGGUUUGGCGUGUGUAACAACUAUUCUUGGAGAGAGUUCGUUCGUUCCUUA